AUGGCAAGCCUUGACUUUGGGAGCUUGCAAUGUUAUGGUGUAUUCAGGCCAGACGAUGGAAUGAGAAUUCUGCUCGAUGAAAGCAGACGCAAACGCACCUGCUUAACUGAAUGGUUCGAGGUCGACCAUGAGAAUAACAUUUCUCACAGGCAGUGCAAUGGCAAAUGUGAAAUGGAAUCGGCAGAGAUCUCCCAAUGGCCCCAUACCAUGAUCAUGUACUACCCAUCAGGUACUAUCAACGAUAGAAGAAAAUUCAUUGACCAGUGGCCAACUGAAUUCUGCUACCGCGGCAAAAGGUUUGUACUCCAGUCUGGGAUGCUCUUGUGCAACCGCUAUCACUUCAGAUCAUUUGUGGUGACUCCCGAUGGGUACCUUUUCUAUGACGGAAUGGGUGUUGGCAAGAAGCAUAGGUACAUGUACUGUGAGAGAGCUGCCAAAGGUCAAAGAGAUCGGUCUGGUCGAUUCUAUGCAGUUGAUACUCUUCUGUAUGAAGUACUGGACAGGACGCACUGCUCCCAGGAUCCAGACAAAUUCAGUUUUCUGGACCACUUGUAUGUUGAUGGAGGAAACCAUAUCCCAGCAGAGAUCAUGGCAGCUCAAAGAACUAGACCAAGAACCAACCGUCAGAGCAACAAUGAUGGCAGUCACACAAGACAAAGACAAAGAGGGACAGCAAAAUCCAAAAAGGAUCAGCUGAGGGAAUUGUCACAGGAAUUGGAGAAAAAAUGGAAAAGUGCAGGCAAGGAAAAGAAGAAGAAAGCACAUACCAAAUCACCCUCCAAACCAGUCUCCCAAGCAUCCAACAAUAGGACAUCAUCCAGUGCUACAAAAAGCAAGAAGGCACCUUCCAAGAAGGCACCUCCCAAGUCUACAGAGAAGACAUCACCAGGACAGACAAAAAAGAAGAAAACUCAAUCGAAAUCAGCUACAGAGACCACACCUGGUAAUGAUGACAAGGCACAAUCCAAGGAAAGACAGAGUAGGAUUGCAGAAGUUGAUCAUUUCCUUGUGCACAGAAUCCCUCCCAAGGAUGACUCCGAAGCAAUGGCAACAUCAUAUUACCAUCACAAAUUCAAAUGCAUGGGCAUUCCCGUGCAAUACAGACAGAGCUACCUCAGCACCCACUUUGACACCAUUCUCUGCAGAGCUUUGCAAUCAUGGUGCGUGGACGCAUGGAGUAUGGGCUCUAGGAGCUCUUCCGAGGACGAAGCUGGGGACAAGACUGGAGACAAUGCCAUGGAAGUGACUGUAGACGAGACUGGUGAAGUUACUGUGGACGUGAUUGGCUAA